AGCUGGGACCUUGAGUAGGAUGGUUACCUGAAGAUAGGUAUGUUUUCUCUCCAGCACAGGCCUAAGCUGCUUCGCUUCUGCUGGCUGGAUAUGGAGGAUUUGGAGGAAGAUGUCAAGUUUAUUGUGGAUGAGACCUUGGACUUUGGGGGACUGUCCCCAUCCGACAGUCGUGAGGAGGAUGACAUAGCAGUGCUGGUGACUCCAGAGAAACCACUUCGACGGGGCCUCUCCCACAGAAGUAAUCCGAAUGCAGUGGCUGCUGCCUCCCAGGGUGUGAGGUUCAGCUUAGGCCCUCUCAGCCCAGAGAAGCUGGAGGAGAUCCUGGAUGAGGCCAAUCGGCUGGCAGCUCAGCUGGAGCAGUGUGCCCUGCAGGAGCGGGAGAGCGCAGGAGAGAGCCCUGGGCCUCACCGAGGGAAGCCCAGCCCUCGGCGGGAGACUUUUGUGCUGAAGGACAGCCCUGUCCGAGAUCUGCUGCCCACUGUGACCUCUUUGUCUUGGAGCACACCCUCCCCAAGCAGCCUGACACCAAGACUCCGGAGCAGUGACAAGAAGGGGUCGGCCAGGGCUCUUCGGGUGGCAUCUGCAAAGAGGCCCUCCAGCACAAAGAGGGAGUCGCCCACUUGCAGUCUGUUCCCUGCAUCCAAAAGCCCAGCAUCGUCUCCUCUUGCACGAUCAACUCCUCCACCCCGGGGGAAAGCUGGGCCCAGUGCAAGGACAGCAGCAACAGGUCCACCUGCUCCUGUCAGACCAGUCCUGGUCCCACAACCUUCAAUCAGCAACUCUCAACGCCCAUCCCGGCCACAGGGAGCAACCACUAAAACUUCCAGCAGACUACCCAUUCCCUCAGCCAUCCCCAGGCCUGCCAGCCGAUUGCCACUCACCAGCCGGAGUGGACCACCUGGCAAAGGUGCUCUACCUCCAGAUUCUCUGUCAGCUCGGAAAGGGCUUCCAAGACCAAGUGCUUCAGGGCCCAGAGGUGUGUCCCAGCGACCAAAUCUUCCUGUCACUGGUGCCACUCGCAGCAAUCUGCAGCCCCCCAGGAAAGUUGCGGUCCCGGGACCUACCAGGUAAAGAAAUCAGGACAACAAGCAAGAAUUCAGUAGCAAACCACUACAGUCACUGCCUGGACUCGCCUCUACCAG